AUGGCGAAAAAGAAUAGUAAAAAAGCUAAUAUCGACAAGGCUUUGAACAGCGGCAAGAUAAAGAAAGACGAGAAAGAAAUUAGCCAAAAUCCAGAAGAGGAAGAACAACAAGAGCAGGCACAAAACGUUGUAGGUGGAAAGAAACGAAAACGAGACAGUGACAAUGAAGAACACGCUCCACCUCAGUCACCUCAGAAAAAAGCGAAUACUUCAAAUUUUGUUGAUAUGUCGUCGGAAGAGUCAAAAUUUGGAGAAGAAGUAGAAUUGAAUUACUCGUUCGAUUCAUUGGAUGUUUCUGAACAAACGAAGAAAGCAAUCGUAGAUAUGGGCUUUACGCGCAUGACAGAAGUUCAGGCUCGUACAAUACCUCCAUUAAUGGCCGGGCGCGACGUACUUGGAGCCGCAAAAACCGGAUCAGGCAAGACAUUAGCGUUUUUAAUACCAGCCGUGGAGAUUUUGUUCAAGUUAAAAUUUAAGCCAAGGAAUGGUACAGGAAUUAUAGUGAUAUCACCCACGCGUGAAUUGGCCUUGCAAAUUCUCGGUGUGGCCAAAGAACUUUUAAAGUAUCAUCAACAUACAUUCGGUAUUGUAAUGGGUGGUGCAAAUAGGCAAGCCGAAGUACAAAAGUUACUGAAAGGUGUCAAUCUUUUAAUUGCUACACCGGGACGAUUAUUGGAUCACUUGCAAAACACAAAAGGUUUCGUAUACAAGAAUUUGAAGGCUCUCGUCAUUGACGAAGCAGACAGAAUUCUGGAGAUUGGUUUUGAAGAUGAAAUGAAGCAAAUUAUAAAAAUUAUACCGAAUGAAAACCGCCAGUCUAUGCUCUUUUCAGCAACACAAACCACCAAGGUCUCUGACCUUGCACGAAUAUCUCUUCGGCCUGGACCCAUAUACAUUAACGUUGAUCAGGAGAAAGAGACUUCGACAGUCGAAGGUCUUACACAGGGAUACGUUGUUUGCGAUAGUGACAAACGAUUCCUUCUUCUCUUCACUUUCCUCCGUCGCAACCUAUCCAAAAAAAUCAUUGUCUUCUUCUCUUCAUGUAAAUCAGUCAAAUAUCACGCUGAACUCCUCAAUUACAUUGACACGCCCGUGUUAGAGCUUUAUGGUAAACAGAAACAACAAAAGCGAACGAAUACGUUUUUCGAAUUCCAUAAUGCGGAGAAGGGAAUCCUUCUUUGUACGGACGUGGCAGCAAGAGGGUUAGAUAUCCCCGCAGUGGAUUGGAUUGUGCAGUACGAUCCGCCGGAUGACCCACGUGAUUAUAUACAUAGAGUUGGAAGAACUGCUAGAGCCGGUGGGAGAGGGAAGAGUUUGCUGUUCUUGCUUCCAAGCGAACUGGGAUUUUUGAGAUAUUUAAAACAGGCAAAAGUGCCACUGAACGAAUUCGAGUUUGCUAAAGGAAAAAUCGCUAAUAUCCAGACUCAGCUCGAAGCUUUGAUAUCCAAGAAUUAUUAUCUUUAUCAAUCCGCGCGGGAUGGCUUUCGUUCCUAUUUAACAGCAUAUGCUUCGUACUCGCUGAAAUCAAUUUUUAAUCUAAACAAUCUCGAUCUUCAAAAAGUGGGUAAAUCUUUUGGAUUUUCUGUUCCGCCAAAAGUAGAUAUUAAUAUGGGUGUUAGUACGAAGGAACAAAAAUCAGGAAGAAGAGCAUACAAGAAAAAUGAAGACAGUAACAAAAAAGAUUAUUAUUUAAAGCAAAAUAGCAAAAGUGGAAGUAGACAAUGGAGUCGUUAG